AUGCUCUUCCGCGCGUUCGCGUUCUUUGCGCUCUCGGCCUCGCUGCUCUCCGCGUUUGCCACGCCCCCGCGCCUCGAGCAGCGCGCCGUCUCUGCGGACAACAUCGUCUACGUCACCGACGCCGAAUCGUACUGCAUGAUCAUGCCGCGCGACCCGCACACGAACAUCGGCGACUCCGAGCACCCCGGCGGGAUGAAGACCUACUGCUCCCCCAAGGGCCGGUACGACAAGCCCCUCCAGGGCCAGCUCCCGGCCGACUUCUGGAAGAACGUCGAGUUCAAGUCCGGCUACUCCUCCCACGGCGCGCGCUACGCCCAGCUGACGGGCUGCAUCCGCCCCGAGAAGCUCAGCCGGCUGAACCCGAGCGACGCCGGCGGACAGUACGACUCCUCCGGCGGCGUGGGCGGGCUCGGCAACCCGCAGGGCAGCGUCUGCCUCGGGUACAACCACUACGUCGAGCUCGUCGAGCCCGCGGGCCCGCGCGCGUGCAUCAAGUGCUGCGACGACCCGCGCGACUGCCCGACGAACAAGGAUACAUCGGGCUGCCCGCAGGUCAUCACGGGCAACUACUUCGACUGCGCUUGA